UUCAAACCUUGUAGGCACAAAUUUAAAUCUCAAGAAAAACUUACAAUUUUUGAAAAUUGAAUUGUAACUUUCAAAGCACAGCACCAACACUAACAAUUUGCAGUUUUGAAUACACAGCGAACUCACUUUGGAAAAAAACACCACCACUGAGUUUUCAAGAUACAACUAAGCAGUUUUGAACACACACUGAGGGUUUAGCAGUUUUGAACACACACUGAGGAUUUUUUUUCGAGUAUAUAAAGGCACUGAAUCGCCAGUUGGAACGGCUAUUUUCUUGGCCUUAAACCGCCAAUGGCAGUUGCAACUUGCCAUGAAAUCGCCAAUGGCAGUUGCAACUUGCCUUUUGGCCUGCAAACGCUGCAACCAGCUGCAAAAGCCUGCACCCUGGAACUCGCCAGUUUGACUGGCGGUUCCAUCUUCCAGCUAUAUCGCCAAUGGCAAGGGCGAUUUGUUCCUGUGCAUGUGCAAGUCGCUGCUGUCAGUGGCGACUCCAGGCAGCAGCAGCAAACCCGCCAGUCCCACUGGCGGUUUGCUUGCACCAUGCAUGCAACCACGUAGAAAAGUGCCCCCUUGAGGAAAUUUUUUUAAAAAGACCCCAUCUGGGGAAAUAUUUUGUAAAAGAACCCCAGAUGGGGAAAUUUGCCGACUCGGUAGUGCCCUGCGUAGACUUGAAGUCUUCCACUUGCUUGGUAAAAAUAGAAACCAACCGCCCAAUCUUGAUAAGUAUAUUCAUUCAUUGAUCUUCUUUUGAGCUCUAUGUUUUGCUACUGUGUGCAGCUUCGAUUAGCUUGUUGAUGGAUACAAGUGGCACACGAAUUGCUUUAGGAACAAUCCUCCCCAUCCUGUUGUUGUGCCUCCCUUACUUUUCUAUAGCAGUUGAUGUUAUUUACCGUCCCGUUGAACUCUUGAGCAUCAACUGUGGCUCUUCCAGUAACUUUUCCACUCUCGAUGGUCGGAAUUGGACUGCAGACAUCAAAUUCCUCUCAGAAAACAAGGACUCGGUUGCUGCUUCUGCUCUCACACCGUCUACCCAACAGGGUCCAUACACCUAUGCUCGUUUCUCUCACUCCCAAUUCACUUACUCCUUUCCCGUCUCCGCAGGCCCAAAGUUCCUUCGCCUCUUCUUCUACUCAACUUCCUACCAAAACUUCGAUCGUUCCAAAUCCGAUUUCUCAGUCAAAGCAGGCCCUUACACCCUCCUCCAUGAUUUCAACGCUUCCCUCAAUGCUGAUGCUGGGGACGAGCCUGGCAACUACUUGUUCAGAGAAUAUUGCAUCAACCUCAAAGAUGGAGAGAGGCUCAACAUAACCUUCAUUCCAAGCACCACAGAUUCGUAUGCUUUCAUCAAUGGAAUCGAGGUUGUUUCAAUGCCCCCUUAUCUCUACUACACCAAUCUUGACGACAACACUGGAUUCCCGCAAAUUGUUGGAGGAGUAACAUAUACUAUUGAAAGCAAAUCAGCUCUGGAGAAAAUAUACCGGUUAAACGUUGCUGGAACAAAUAUCCCCCCAACUGGGGACACGGGUAUGUUAAGAACCUGGGAAGCCGAUGACAACUACGUAACAACUCAAAGUAACAUAUCUGUUGAUUUUGGGGGUAUAACUAAGCUCAGCUUCACUACUGCGACUGAAAACUACACGGCACCAGACAAAGUGUACCGAUCCUCAAGGAGUAUGGGAACUAGUGGCUCUUUGAACAUGGGAUUCAACCUCACAUGGCAGCUUCCUGUUGAUUCUGGCUUUACCUACUUGUUAAGGUUACACUUUUGCCAGCUUGACCCGCAUGUUCAUCAGGCUGGUGACCUGGAAUUCUACAUCUACAUAGCGGAUCAGUUGGCUACCGAUAGGGCAGACGUUCUCUUAUGGACCAUUAACCAGAAGGCUGUCCCAGUGGUUACAGACUACAUAGUUUCCAUCCCGGUGAAUCAGAAGAAACCAAAUAUUUCACUGAAACUGCAUCCUCACCCUAAAAGCAGAAUCAAGGAUGCACAACUAAACGGAAUUGAACUUUUCAAAAUCAACCACUCAACAGGUAAUCUCGCUGGACCGAACCCAGACCCUCAUCCAAAGACCUUUGAAUUUCCUCUUCAAAGCAAAAACAAGAAAAGCAAAGGGAGGACGGGAACCAUAACUGCCGCCGUUGCUGGCGCAGUUUCCGGUGUCGUUAUGCUCUCCCUUAUUGUCGCUUUCUUCCUCAUCAAACGCAAGAAGAACGUGGCCAUCGACGAAGGUUCCAAUAAAAAAGAUGGAACUUCUCAAGGGGGUGGCUCACUACCAGCCAACCUCUGCCGUCACUUCUCAAUAGCAGAAAUCAAAGCAGCUACCAAUAACUUCGACGAACUCUUAGUGGUUGGUGUGGGAGGCUUUGGCAACGUGUACAAAGGCUACAUAGACGAAGGUUCAACACAUGUCGCAAUCAAAAGGCUCAAACCCGGUUCUCAGCAAGGUGAGCAGGAGUUUGUGAACGAGAUCGAAAUGCUGUCUCAACUUCGUCAUCUCAAUCUUGUUUCCCUCAUAGGUUACUGUUACGAGAGCAAUGAGAUGAUACUCGUUUAUGAUUUCAUGGAUCAAGGAACCCUCUGUGAGCAUCUCUACGGCACCGAUAACCCUUCCCUCUCAUGGAAGCAAAGGCUCCAGAUCUGCAUAGGUGCUGCACGAGGAUUGCACUAUCUGCAUACAGGUGCAAAGCACAUGAUCAUUCACCGUGACGUCAAGAGCACCAAUAUCUUAUUGGAUGAAAAAUGGGUGGCCAAGGUUUCAGACUUUGGGUUAUCCAGAAUUGGGCCCACGGGUUCUUCAAUGACCCAUGUGAGCACUAAGGUUAAAGGUAGCAUUGGAUAUUUAGACCCAGAGUAUUACAAACGACAGCGUUUGACUGAGAAGUCUGAUGUCUACUCGUUUGGGGUGGUGCUCUUGGAGGUAUUGUCUGGGAGGCAGCCCUUGAUCCGCACUGCAGAGAAGCAAAAGAUGUCACUGGUUGAUUGGGCAAAGCAUCGCUACGCAAAGGGAUCUCUGGGUGAGAUUGUGGAUCCUGCACUGAAGGGCCAGAUAGCAACUGAGUGUAUACACAAAUUUGGUGAGGUUGCGCUGAGUUGUUUGCUUGAGGAUGGGACUCAAAGGCCCUCCAUGAAGGACGUCGUUGGGAUGCUGGAGUUUGUUCUGCAGCUUCAGGACAGUGCUGUUAAUGGAGUGGUGGUCAGUGGUGGGCAUUAUGAAGAUAGUGAGGAUAUGUUUAGCAGUACCCAUAGUAGUAUACAACUUUCGAAUUAUAGUAACAGCACUGGAUUGAACACCACGAGCUAUGGCAGUAAGGAAUCUGACAGGUUGAUCCCGGAGAAUGUUUUCUCUGAGAUUAAGAAUCCAGAGGGGCGAUAAAGAUCGGAGCAGUAUUCAAGUUCAGGCCAAGUAUGCGGUUAAAGAUAAGCAAAAUGGAUAGUUUGAAAUUAGAUGAAUCUAAAACUAUGUGGCAUGGAGAUAUCAAUGUAAAAAUCUUGAAGUGGUUUCAAUUUAGAAGUGUGUAUUAAUUAGGUGGAUUCUAUAAAGGUUUGUCUAAUGAUUAUUUAUCAAAUUUUGUUUUGAUAAUCUUUCUUUCCUGUGACAGAGGUAACUGAAAUAGAAUUGUAACAAUAGAAAGAAGAGUGUUAAUUCACUACUAUAAAAAUAGUAUUUUAAGAUUUCCUAAAAAAUUGUCUUAAAAUUUGAUGCAAAAAUUGUCUUUGUUGGCAUAUUUUUUGCUUUCCACCUAUGACGGUUUUCAGGCAAAACAGUCGUUGUAUAAGCCUUCAUUUUGUCACUCUCUCUCCAUCCCUCGCUCAAUUCCUUCAAUCCCUUCUCAUUUUUCACCCUUACUUCCUCCAAACCCUCACCCACCUCCACUCUGACCACACCCACGGCCUCACCCCCUCCUAGCACCAUGCCCCCCUCUUCUGCUCCGCUGUCACCGCCAAACUCCUCCCCUUCAAGUUCCUUGGCUUCGACCUCUCCCUCUUCCGCAUCCUCCACUCCGGCACCACCCACACUGUCAUCCUCCCCUCCCUCACCCUCCAAGUCACCGUCAUCGACGCUUGUCACUGCCUUGGUCGAGAUUCAUCGUCAAAAUGGGAUCUUUUGGUUUGAGAUUGGAAUACGAAACCCACACGCUUAACCCUUUGCUCGAUCCAUCAAACUCAAUCCACAUGUUGAUUAGGUCACAGCUCUUCAGAUUGACCUCAAUGUUCGCCAAAUCACCAACCUCACUCAAAACGACGUUGUUUAAGUCCACACCGACGUGGUUUCCAUUAAGGUCCUUAAACUCCAUGACCAUAAGUGUAUCAAACUCCACAGCAACGAAGCCGCCGCCACCGCUGAGGCCGAGAAACCCGCCGGCUUCACCGAUGGUGUCGUCAUCAGACGAAAGGACGAAGGUGAGGCCGCCACCGAUUGAGGAGGGGUUGAGGCUGGUAACAAAGAAGGAAAAGAAUGUGGUGAAGCUCGCCGGAAAACGGUUUCCCGGUUGCCGAAAUCUGACCGGACGGGAGUAAAGGGCUCUGCUGGCGCUGGAGGUUGGAACCACAAGGUCGCACGUGAGACUGACAGUGUUAUUGUUCAAGUGGGUGUCAUUAACGCCUUUCACAAUAAUUUGGUAGAAGAAGCUGGAUCAGUUGGCAAUCACUGCAGUAUACUAGUUUGGUUAUAACACGACAGAUAGUUAGGUUUUUACCAUCAUCCAAUGACCCACCGACAGAGAUCCAAUGUAACUUCUUCUAUUCUUUGAUUUGGGGGUGAUAAGAUGUACUUAAUGUUCUCAGCAGUCUGUAUGGUCUUAAGACAAUUAGUACAAAAUAUAGUAUGAUCUGGUAAAAAAAUAUCAUUUGAUCUGAGUUGUCUUGGAUUUAUUUGGUCAGCUUGGGGUUUUUAAGAUGUCACAUUCAGGACUUCAGGCUGUUUCAAAUGCCAUUGAAAUGUUUCUCAGUGAGCAGCUCCUGGAUUCAGAAAUAUUAGCUGGACUAGCUAUUGCUGUAAUCAUGGAUGGGUCCCGGACAUUCCUUAUUGAAAUUCAGGCCUCGGGUGGUUCAGAAGCUGAUCAUGACUGUCGACUCUAGAAAACAAAUUGCAAUGCUGUGGUCUGUCAUUCAAUCUGGUUUUCUUGCUCUUAUUAAGGAUCUGAAUGGGAAUCAUGUCAUAUAGCGUUGCUUACAAUACUUUAGCUGUAAAGAUAAUGAGGUAUAACACUUAUCUCUUUUGCUUGCAAAUUUAGUGUAGGUUUAUUUUCCCUUUAUUCACUAACUUCAAUACUACAUGGCCAUAUAGUCAUUCCAUACUAUUUAAUUAGAUGUAUAAGAGAACAAGAACAACCAUUAGCUGUCCACUUUACAAUUUUGUUCAAAGCUGUAUGAGGCUAUCAUUACACAUGAUGACACAAAAUGGUCUUUAGUCAACACUGCUUAGAGCAGAGGGCAUUCCUGUUUUAUUAAUGUUUCAUAAACUGGUUCAUUCAUGGUUUUGUGAAGCGUUGGGUUCUUAUAGCAGCUCUCCUGCCUCUUUUGGUCAUUUGGUGUCAACCAGAUGAAAUAUAUUUCACAAAAGGGUCUUAAAUCUUUCACCUUGUUGAACCUUGUUUAAUUGCAUGGUAAUCUCCCAAUCUAAUUUAUACACUCUACUUCAGAAUAUCCUGACUUUUCAAACUAAUUUCAUUAUUCAGCAGUUUCUAAAUUUGCUGGAUACUUCAUCUCUGGGAUUUUCAUAUUUACAAGCCUAUGUUUAUCUCUGGUCAGUUCAGAUGUUUCUGAAAGGUAAGUCAACUGUGGAAGGAACAAAAUUCACCAUCUAUUGAGAGGGGUACUAUCUUAUGACCAUAAUGCUGAAGCAUUCUAUACUUGGCCAGUUAGCCUGAAUAUGUUCCUUGUUUUCUUUCCCAAUUAGGAAUUCUUAAAAGGCUAACUCUCAACUAUAUAAGAAGCAAUGGAAAUAAAUGUUCUUGUUGAGAAUGUAAUGAUUAUUGACCAUUGACAUGGACCUGAAAAAGUUAGUAAUAAAUUCGGGUGAUCCUUUUAAUUU